AUGGAGCCCAGCCAGGCGAAUUUCUGCCAUCCCUACCAGCCUUACUCAAUUCAACUGGAGUUCAUGCAGAGCCUCUACCGUUGCAUAGAAGAAAAGCAAGUGGGCAUCUUCGAGUCACCAACAGGUACUGGCAAGUCCUUGAGCUUGAUAUGUGGCGCAUUGACCUGGCUGAGAGAUCAUGAACGCCGAGCUUUGCAAGGCUCCGCUGACUCUUCAGAUGAGGCUGAUUGGUUAGCGCAGGCUGAGCGCUCUGCUCAACGUCGUGAACUGCUACUCGCCCGUGAGGAGCUCGAGUAUAAGCUUGCUAGAGUGCGUGAGGAAGAGGCGCGACGUCGACACAGAAGAGAAGAUUCGAAGGGUUCAAAGAAGGCCCGAAUCGUCAAAGAAAGCGUGGGAAAUUCUCUCGCAGAAGAUGAAUUCAUGCUUAACGAUUACGACAGUGAUGGGGGAAACACUUCCUCCCUUCCCAAAUCUAACAAUGGCAUCUCGAGCGCAACGCAGGCUCUUCUGGACAAGUUGCAAGGUCCCGCUAAGAAAGAAGUUGAAGAGGUGAAAGAAGACCGGCUCAAAAUCAUCUUCUGCUCACGUACUCAUUCCCAACUCACACAAUUUGUUAACGAAUUGCGUCGUGUCAAACCCCCCUCCUCGAUCCCAUCCGAUAUGGCAGAGGUUCCUCCCGGGUCUCACAUCGAGGAGGGCGUGAAGCACCUCACGCUUGGUUCAAGGAAGAAUCUGUGCAUUCAUCCUAAGAUAUCACGACUCUCCUCAACCACAGCCAUCAAUGAGCAAUGUCUCGAGCUGCAGAAACCUGGCAUAGCAAAAGACAAAAAGUGUCCUUUCCUGGGUUCCAAGGACGACUUGGACAUAGUCAACGCGUUCCGAGACCGAGUUGUUGCCGACAUCAAGGAUAUCGAGGACAUGGGAAAACUAGGCCGGGACAUGGAACUUUGUCCAUACUAUGCCUCCAGAUCAGCCAUCAGUAUGGCAGAAGUGCUCACGCUGCCAUAUCCUCUUCUCCUUCAGAAAUCAGCGCGAGAAGCACUGGGCGUAUCUGUCAAAGACAAUGUGGUCAUCAUAGAUGAAGCUCAUAAUCUCAUGGACGCGAUUGUGGACACACUCUCUACCUCAUUACGCCUCAGUCAGAUCGAUCAAGCCGUCCAACAGGUCACCGCCUAUGCCAUGCGUUUCAAAGCCAGGCUAAAAGGCAAAAACCGUGUCUAUGUCAUGCAAGUUAUACGUGUGCUGAACUCGUUGACAGACUGUCUGAAAGCUACAACGUUCAAGCCGUCUUCGACGGAGACUACCAUAACCGCAGCACAGCUAAUGUCCGGUAAAGGGGUCGACCAGAUCAAGCCUCACAAGCUGCUACAGUACUUGCAUGAAAGCAAGCUCUGCCAUAAAGUUGAAGGAUACGCCGAGUCCCAGUCAAGCGAUCAGGAUACCUACAGCAAAGGCGUCUUGAUGCAAUUCCAGAAUUUUCUAGCAGUAUUGAUGAAUCCGGACGAGGAAGGCCGAUUUUUCGCGAGUCGACACGACAAGGAUAUCAGCGUCCGCUACACCCUGCUCGAUCCUCGUGAGCAUUUUCGAGAGGUAGUGCAGAACGCUCGGGCGGUUAUUCUUGCUGGAGGCACAAUGUCCCCCGUGUCGGACUAUUCGGACUACCUGUUCUCAUACCUCGAAAGCAAUCGGCUGUCGACUUUCUCCUUCGGCCACGUCAUUCCUGCCUCGAACCUGUUGGCACAAGCCUUGGUCAAGGGGCCUUCCGGUGUGGAAUUUGAUUUCACUUUCGAGAAACGGGCCUCGGAGAAAAUCAUGGUGGAGCUUGGCAGUCUCAUUUUGAAAGUAUGCAGAGUCGUUCCCGAUGGAGUGGUUGCCUUUUUUCCCAGCUAUGAUUACCUCGCCCAAGUCCUCUCCGUCUGGCAACGCUUACCAGCUGAGCAGCCAAUCAUGACGGCUUUAAGCAGAGUCAAGCCAAUCUUUCAGGAGUCGAAGUCAUUUGGCGUCGAGGAAGUCCUGCGACACUAUGCAACGGCGAUAGACACAGGGCAGGGAGGUUUAAUGUUGUCUGUUGUUGGUGGGAAGCUCUCAGAAGGUAUCAACUUCUCUGACAAACUGGGCCGAGCGGUGAUAUCAGUAGGCCUGCCUUUUCCCAACGCCAACGGUGCAGAAUGGCAGGCGAAGUUGCAGCAUAUCAGAGAUGUCAGGUAUCAGCAAUGCAAGAAAGAGGGCAAAGGAGAAGCAGAUUGUCAGUCUGCUGCAAAGAGUGCAAGCAGGGAUUAUUACGAGAAUGCAUGUAUGAGAGCCGUGAAUCAGAGCAUUGGGAGAGCAAUACGGCACAGGAAUGACUACGCCGCGAUAUUAAUGGUAGACAGGCGCUUUGCGACGGAGAGGAUCAGGCGCAAGCUGCCCGGGUGGAUUCAAGAGAGCAUGGCCAGUGGCGUUCCAAGCUGGCUGGAGAUGGAGACCGGCCUCCAACAAUUCUUUCGUGGGAAGCAGUGA